CCGCGGCGGAAGCAGGGGAAGACAGCGGGGGCGGGGGCGUCUCCUGGGAGCGAGGCCUGGCCUCUGCGGAAGCUUCCUCCGGGAGGGGCGGAAAGUCGAAGCGAGAGUCCCCGGGGGAUCCCCCCACCCCACCCCGGCCAGCGACCUGGUUGCGGUUGCCUUGGGGCCCAGCCCAAGGUGCGGGUUGCUAUAGCAACCAGCUGGGGUAACCAACUUGUCCAGGGUGAAGGCGCCCCGCACAGCACUUUCUCGGCCAGGCCCAAGCAUGCCAGUCCUUGUAAGGCAAAGACUUCAAUGGGAGCCUUCCUCCUUAAAGCCUUGUGGUGAAGCAGCUGUUUGACACACUCAGAAGGAAGGAUGACAGCUAUACAGAGGAACACGAUGUGAAUGGAAGAGACCUGUCAUUAUGGAAACAGUACGGCACUCUGAACAUACACUAAAAACAGCUCUCAUCUCGGAGAACCCAAGGCUUGUGUCACAGUAUGAGAAGUUAGAUGCCAGGGAAAGGCGUUUGCUGAACGAAGCCUUCAAGCCAGACCAUGAUCUCUUCGGACCCAUUACCUUGCAUUCGCAAUCGGAUUGGAUCAUCUCCCAUCCUGAGGCUCCCCAAGACUUUGAACAGUUUUUCAGUGAUCCUUACAGAAAGGCACCGUCUCCAGACAAACGCAGUAUUUAUAUACAGUGCAUUGGCUCUCUAGGCAACACCAGAAUUAUCAGUGAAGAAUAUAUUAAAUGGCUCAAGGGUUACUGUGAAGCAUUUUUCUACGGCUUAACAGUGAAACUCCUAGAACCAGUUCCUGUCUCUGCCACGAGGUGUUCCUUUAGAGUCAAUGAUAACACACAAAACCUACAAAUUCACGCAGGGCACAUCCUGAAGUUCUUAAAAAAGAAGAAACCUGAAGACGCCUUCUGUAUUGUGGGAAUAACGAUGAUUGAUCUUUACCCAAGAGACUCCUGGAAUUUUGUCUUUGGACAGGCCUCUUUGACAGAUGGGAGGGCAGAUUGGACAGCAGCGGCAGACUUGGGUGUGGGGAUAUUCAGCUUUGCCAGGUAUGGCAGUGAUUUUUACAGCUCCCGCUACGAAGGCAGAGUGAGCAAGCUGCAGAAAGGAUCCUCGAGCGACUAUGCAGUUUUCGAUAACUAUUACACUCCUCAAGUGACCAGUGUUCUGCUGCUUCGUUCCUGCAAGACUUUAACCCACGAGAUCGGACACAUAUUUGGACUCCGACACUGCCAGUGGCUCGCAUGCCUAAUGCAGGGCUCCAACCACUUGGAAGAAGCCGACCGGCGCCCCCUCAACCUUUGCCCCAUCUGUUUACGCAAGUUGCAGUGUGCCAUUGGCUUCAACAUAAUAGAAAGAUACAAAGCGCUGGUGAGGUGGAUCGAGGACGCGUCGGACAGCCCCGGAGUCAGUACGGAGCGCAGUCGUGAGGGUGCCGUGGAUUUACCGAAACCUGUGGACGCCUUUAAGGAAUGGAAAGAGUGGAUAAUAAAAUGCCUUGCUGUUGUCCAAAAAUAAGGACCUUCACAUAGGAGUAAUUAAAAUAAACAUUUGCAGACUCUG